AUAGGCGUUCUCUUCUGGAGAAGUGGACGUUGAGAAAACGAAGUGAACGCUGUAAAGGAGGACCAUGCUCGGGAAUCUAGCGAUUCCACUUCUUCUGGUGCUGCAAGUGGCAGGGGCCACUACCAAGUAUUCAAAGUGCCAGUAUGCGUGGGCAUCUGUUGGAAAGUCUGGAGAUAUUCUGCAGAUCCACGACGGAAAACCGGGACCAGGAGCCGUCGCCUGGGGAUCCUUCGAGAGUGAAAUUCAUUUCAGCGGCUGGGCCUUCCUGAAUGUGGAGUCAAACGCUUCGUAUGCCGACGAAAUUCAAGCAUACGCCGCCGGUGCGGUGGAGGCCCACCUUACGCGGGACCUCAUGGAAAAACAUUAUAACAAUAUGUACGCCGACUACUGCAAAAUGCAGCCUUCGUUUUGUGGGAGGCUUGAGAAAUUUCUUCUGAAAAACCUCGAGUACUCGAAUAGACAAGAACGCCUCUAUCAGUCUACGGAUCCUUAUUGGCAUAUGGUUCAUUUACAAAUGAAGCAACUGUCCGGUUUAAGCGACAUCUUUGAGAACAAGACCCUGAACGUAUCAAACGAGUAUCUAAACGUCACUAAGGCGCUAUACUUCAACCUUGACGGAGACUUGAUUGGCCUGGUCGGAGUUGUCAAUAAAAACUCAUACAACAGCAUCGAUAGAGCACCCACAUGUUCGGCUCUCAUCAAAGUUGUCGGAGAAAACGAGGACAUUCUGGUUGGUCACAACACGUGGUUCGUGUACAGAAGCAUGCUCAGGAUUGAGAAGAGGUACGCGUUUCCCUGGCACUACACGUCCAAAUCGAGUGAAAUUAUUCCUGGACGCACUGUCAGUAUGUCUUCAUACCCUGGAACGCUGGUUUCUUUAGACGAUUUUUACCUUUCCUCAGCAGGCCUAGCAGUUACCGAAACCUCUCUCGAAAACGCCAAUGGCAGUCUCUGGAACCUCGUGAAACCCGACAGCGCUCCCCUCACCUGGGUUCGAGGCAUGGUUGCUACCCGGCUUGCUACAAACGGCUCCCUGUGGGUGUCCAUCUUUGGGAGAUUGAACAGUGGCACGUACAAUAAUCAGUGGAUGGUUUUGGACUACAAGCUCUUUACUCCCGGAAAAGCCAUCGCGAAGAAUACCCUCUGGAUACUCGAACAGAUGCCUAAUUUAACAAAGUCUGAGGAUCUCAGCAAUUAUCUUCAAAAGCAACGGUACUGGGCAAGCUACAAUGUCGCUUUCUUCCCAGCCAUCUUCAACAUCAGUGGCCAACCAGAUAUGGUCAAGAAAUAUGGAAAUUAUUACAGCCAUGAUAUGUCCGCCCGCGCACAAAUAUUUAGGAGGGAACAGAGCAAGGUUAAAGAUCUUGUUACUAUGACAAGCCUCAUGAGGUACAAUAAUUACACCCACGAUCCGGCAUCAAGAUGCAACUGCACACAGAAAUACAACCCCGUCAGUGCUAUUUCUGCUCGGUUCGACUUGUUGAACCCAAGUUUGAGCACCGGCUUGCCAGGGGUCAAACAAAAGGCCGUCGGAGGAACCGAUAUGAAGCUUACCAAUUACGCCAUGUUUAAAAAGCUGGAAUUUGUAGCCAUAAACGGGCCAACAUAUACGACAGACGGUUCCGUGCCUCCUUUCCAAUGGAGCACCAGUGGCUUCAAGCAUCAACAACACGACGGCCAUCCGGACAAGUGGACAUUCGGGCCCACGCAUCACCACUGGGACACCUGUCCAAUCCAUUGAGAUCGUUCUUGGCCAUUGCGAAGCAAAUAUGCACGCCAAGCGGCGACAAAAAGACACGUGCAGAAUGACGAAGGACGGAACUACGCCACCAGAGGACACACAUAGACAAACAGACCGGGAGGCACGCGCGCACUGGCGUGGAUGACGGAGCGACGAUUUCGGAGCCCUCAAAAGUGUUUCGAGAAAUUCCCGCGAGGGCGCGUCACGAUCAUGGCAAAACUCUUAAAAAGGGUAAUUGUUUUAAAAAA